GAUCCUAAAUCGAUGACGUGGUGGCGUUCAUUCACCCGGACGAGAGGAUGGCCGAUCAGAGUAGGCAAAUAAAACUCGCUGCUGCAAAGAAAAAGCUGAAGGAGUUUCAGCAGAAGAGUGCCCCAUCUACAGGCAGUGCAGGACCAAAGAAGAAAAGAAAGGUUAAAGGAGGGGGCCAACUGGAUACACCUACUGCUGACAGACACUCUCCUGACAGUGCUCUUGCUGACGGUGAGACCAGGGACUCCCCAGUCCCCACUGUGCUGGAGGAACCGUGUGCUGAGCCCGACAAUGUCUCGCCUGUGUUUAACCCAGCUACUGCUAUUAAUACUGAAUAUGCCAGUGACAACAUUGUGCUUCAGAACUGUAAUCCAGAUAUCUCCGCUGAGAAUUCUUUGGAGGAGAAUAGACAACUAACAUCUACAGAAAGCUUGAGACAGCUCUCCCAGCAACUCAAUGGCCUGCUCUCGGAGUCACCAUCCUCAUAUGUCAAUGGAGACAGUGGACAAUCACCUGCCAGUGAGAAAGAACUGGAGACUCGAAACCAGGAGCUUGCAGCUGCUCUGGACUCCAGCAAUCUUACAAACUCCCAGCUCACUGCCAAACUAGAACAGCUGACAAAGCAGUCUCAGGAGGUGACUGAACAGUUGGAGAAGGAGCGUAAGGAGUUUGAGCAGAAGUUUGUGAAGGAACAAGGAGCGAUGCGGGAGCAGUUACAGGUCCACAUUCAGACUAUUGGUAUCCUGGUGUCUGAAAAAUCAGAACUUCAGACGGCAUUGUCUUACACACAGCAAGCUGCUCGGCAAAAGACAGGAGAGGCAGAGGAGCUCAGUAAUCGUCUGCAGGCCAGUAAACAGAGAGUGUCGGAGUUGGAGAGAACGCUUUCUACAGUGUCCACCCAGCAGAAGCAGUUUGAGAAGCAAAACAAAGAACUUGAAAAGGAGAGGGACAGUCUACGACUAGAAGUCUACAGACUCAACAAUGUGGGUGAGGAGGCAAAACAACAGAGCUCAGAGUUGGCCGAGCAGCUGAAACUGAAAGUGAGUGAGAACAAUGCCAUGAAAUUGGACCUGGAUGAACUGAGGAAGAGACUGGAGAUGGCAGACAUCAUGCUACAGCAGUUCUCCAGUCAGUCAGGUCCACAGUCUGAACACCAACAAGUCCAAAUGCUUCUGGAGGAGAAACAUCAACUCGAGGUCCACACUGCACAGCUGAUGGAAUCAGUAGCCCAGUUGCAAAGAGAGAGAGACCAGUAUGCCACACAGAUCCAGGAGGAAGGGAGAGUGUGGAAGGACAAGACUGAGCAGCUACUGUCCCAGGUGACACUUCUGUCAGAGGAGAGGGAUCGAAACACUGCUCAGAUACAGGAGCUGGAGGAGAAGAUCGCCGAUCUGAAGAGCGCUGCGGCUCUGGUGUCUGAGGUGAAGGAGCCCCAGGUGGCACAUCAAGCCUCUGGCCCCACAGAGAAGGAACUGGCCCUGCAGGAGGCCCUCAACAACCUGCAGCAGGAGAAAGAAACGAUUAGUCAGCAGUACCAGGCCCAGCUGUCGGAUAAUGAGCAGCUUAGCCGGCUGUGUCAGGAGCAGGAGUCCCGGCUGGAGGAGCUGGAAAGACAGGCGGAGCAGAGUGCACAGGAGGCCCAGGAUCGCCUCCGCAUUCUGGAAGACGUACAGAGCGACAAAGCCACCAUCAGCCGAGCGCUUACCCAGAACAGAGAGCUCAAAGACCAGCUGGCCGAACUGCAAAACGGCUUUGUCAAGCUGACUAAUGAGAACAUGGAGCUGACCAGUGCCCUGCAGUCUGAACAGCAUGUGAAGAAAGAGAUUGCUCGCAGGAUGGGCCAGCUGCAAGAGGAUCUCCAUGAUGUCAGAGAGCAGCUGGCAGAGAAGACCAAGGAGGUCACAGCAGCGCAGGAGCAGCGGGAUCAGUAUUUAACCCACUUGCAGCAGUACAUGGCCGGGUACCAGCAGCUCGCAGCCGAGCGUGAGGAGCUGCAUCGGCAGUUCCUCCAGCAGACGCAGCUGAUGGACCGUCUGCAGCACGAUGAAGUGAACGGCAAAGUGCAGCUGGAACAGAGCCACCUGCAGCUGCAACAAGCUCAGGAGAAGCUGGAUCAGUUGGCCCGGGACAAUGAGGAGCUGAAGACAGAGGUUCAAGAACUUCUGAACAGCUCAGCUCUGAGCUCAUCACUCAGGGACCAGGGUGAUGGACUGGAGAGCAAAUCGUUACCGGAAACCUUCCAAAAAUCCUCUAUAGCCAUCCCAGAGGACUUUGAGAGCCGGGAGGAAAUGGAGGAAUUCCUGCACACUGCCUUGUCCCGUUUGGAGGGAGAGAGGGAUGAGAUGCGUCGUAAGCUGGAGGAGGAGAGAAAGCAACACCAGCUUGCCCUGCAGCAAAUGACUGCGAUGAGCCAUGAGCAUCACUCUCACAGUGCAGUUUCAGAAACCGGGAACUCAGAUGGUGUUCCUGUUGAGGUACAUGAAGCCCUGAGGGUGGCCAUGGAGAAACUUCAGGAGCGUUUCACAGCACUAAUGCAGGAGAAGGUAGAUCUGAAGGAGAGGGUCGAGGAACUGGAGCAUCGUUGCAUCCAGUUGUCUGGAGAGACAGACACUAUUGGUGAGUAUAUCGCGCUGUACCAAAACCAGAGGGCGAUCAUGAAGCAGAAGCACCUAGAGAAAGAGCAAUAUAUCAACAUGCUGGCCAAAGACAAAGAGGAGAUGAAGGCUAAAUUAGCGGAGCUGCAGGACUUGGUGAUGCGUUUGGUGGGAGAGAGAAACGAGUGGUACACCAGGUAUAUGAGCUCUGUCAAUAACCCAGACCUGUUGCCCGCCGGAGCAGAGACUUGCCCACCCGCACAAAGACACAUGGAGCUCAAUGCUGUUGAUGGCCCAGAGUCUAUGGAUCUCAGCACGGCUGUGGAUGUGGCUCCGUCCUCCCAGCACCCUGGAGAGCAUAACCCCCAGACCCAGGGCUCUGAGGAGACGUCCGGCGGCCAAGCCCUGAGGCCCAGGGAGGACGGCACGGCGCGACAAAUCAUGCAACUGUUGCAGGAGAUCCAAAACCCUCAGGCACGACCCGCGCCUUUCCUCGGCGAAAACCCCUGCAUCCCGUUCUUUUACCGGCCCGACGAACACGACGAGGUGAAGAUCCUGGUGGUCUGAAAGUGACGCAAAGCAUCACGGUCUUCAGUUCUCCCUUUUCUUGCUUUCUUGAUCUGUCUAUCAGUGAUGGGACUGACCUGCUUUUUUCGUCGAAUAUUUAUUUUGUGGAUGGUGGCUGAUUGUGUAUGGGGUGACAGUUUUUAUAUGGACUCUCAGAAUCACUAGAGCGAGAGUGAGUGUGGGUAUGGGCAUUCCUCUCUCUCUCUCUCUAUCUCUCUCUCUUUUUUUUUUUUUUUCCUUGGCAUGUCUGUCCUAGAAUUAAGUGCUGUGAGAGAUGCUAUCUGUUACUUUCUUCUCUUUUUUUUCCCAAGUGAGCUUUUGGUUAGGGUUUAAGACUGUAGAAGCAAAAAUUAUCAAUUCCAUAUUAAGGCUAAUUGAAAGCUCAAACAAGUAGUGUGGAGGCCUUGGGAUUUCCUCUUUCAUGUUUUACAUGGAAUUUUUCCUUUCUGUUUUCAGUUCUCUGAAAUACAGCAGCAGUAAAAUAGUCUGUCUGAUCUGUCUUUAAUGUCAUUAGUGUUUUUCCAGUUAGAGCUUUACUGGUGGUUUAUGGUAAG